AUGACCACGCAAAAGCACCAGCAGGAGAUUGAGGAGCUAAAUUCCAAACACAGUGCUCAGCUUGAUGAGGCUCAGAAGGCUUCUCAGACCACAUCCGCAGAGACUCUGCAACAGCACAAGCAAGAGGUUGAAGAGCUGGAAGCUAAGCAUCGUGAGCAGCUCAACAAGGCCAAGAAGGCUUCUGAAACCACUUCUUCUGAGGUUGUUCAAAAGCACCAACAGGAGCUCGAAGAGUUGCAAAACAGCCAUCGUGAGAAGCUCGAUCUCCACGAAAAGCGCUCCGCCGAAGCUCGUCAAACCGUUGAGAAGCAAGUGGAGAAACUCAAUGAGCAGCUCAGCAAACUCCACCUGGAUAGCCAGACUGAGGUGUCUUCACUUCGUGAGGAGGUCGAGAACAAGUCUGCGGAGACUCAGCAAAUUCAAAAGGAAAUCGAGACUCUUCGCCAGGAAGCCAGCAACGCAAAAGCAACACACAAUGACUUCCAAGCUCAGAUCGAGAAACUUGGUCAGGAUCACCAGGACCAACUUGAGUCUCAUGCACGCGAAUCUGAAGAGAAGCUGACCGAGCUCAAGCGCUCUCAUGAGGCGCAAUUAUCUGCGGUUCGUGAAGAAGUGGAGCAAGCCAAAACUACCGAGUCGCAGACACAAUUGAAUGCCCUCCGUCAAGAUCACGAGAAGGAACUGAGCAGCCGCACCACUGAAUCUGAUGAGAAGCUCUCUGAGCUCAAGCGUACUCAUGAGACCCACCUGGCCACUGUCCGUCAAGAAGUGGAGCAGGCUAAGACUGGAGAGAUGGAGACACAGCUGGAAGCCCUUCGCGAACAGCACAAGAAGGAUCUCGACGACCACAUCGCUGGAAACGACAACAAGAUUGCAGAACUGAAGAGCAGUCAUGAGCAAGCUGUCGCCGAUGCUCAGCGGGUUGCAGGGGAGGCUGAAGCAAAGUUGCAGUCUCAGCUCAAUGAUCUCCGCGAACAACAUGAGAAGGAGCUCAGCAGCCAUGCUGCUGACACAGACCUUAAGCUCUCUGAGGUCAACAAGCAUCAUGAGCAAAAGCUUUUGGAGGUACAGCAAACCGCCGAGAAGGCCCAAGCCGAGCUACAGUCCCAUCUUGAGCAGUUGGAAGCUAGCCACCAAAAAGCUCUGGAACUUCAAGCCGACGAGACUGUAAUUAGACUUACAGAAAUGGCUUCGAACCAUUCGCAAGAACUGGCAAAGGUUCAACAACUGCUAACGACCAGCCAGGGAGAAGCAGAGACGAAGCUUGAGCAAUUGAAACAGAGCCACGAAGAGGAGAUCGCCUCCGUCCGCCAACAAGCUGAAGACCAACGACUCCAAGCUGUCCAGUCACAUGAGCAACAACUCUCGAAGCUCGAAGAAGAAAAGAAAGAGAACCAAUCAUCGGCCGUGCGUGUGCAACAAACCCUCCAAGAAGAGCUUCAGCAAGAAAAGCAAAAACUGACCGAAGUAGAAGCAAGAGCUCAAGAGAAUAGUAUCAAAGAGACGCAAGAACGGGGCCGACAACUAGCUCAGGCUAAGGAGGAGCACGAAUCCGCAAUCGGAGGGUUGAGAGCUGAGCUUGCGGUCACCAACCAAAAGCUCGAGCAGACAGAGUCGGAUACGCAAGAACUUGCUGGGGAGAGACAGAGUUUGAUGAACGAGUUGGACGCUUUGAGAAAGGAGAUGAAGAAUGAAAAACAACGGCAGAUUGCGACAGAAGAGGAGAGAGCUACGACAUUGGAUACAAGACUGAUUGAGGAGAAGAAAUUGGAAACCAAACUGGCCACUGUGGAAAACGAACGACAAGAAGCCGCUCUCACCAUUGCACAGCUGACUUCCGAAAAGGACGACAGCUCCAAGGAGUUUGAUGUCUUGACAUCCCGGUUGGAAAACCUUACCAUUGAGUUAGAACAAACUAAGCAAAGCCUGGUCGACAAUGGUACUGAUUCAGACUCGAAGCUCAGGGACCUCCAAGCACAGCUCCAAGAAACGCUAGCAGAGAACGCAGCGCUCAGCAAGCAAAGUCAACUCCUCAGACCCACGACGCCUCUGAACAAGACGAUUUCCUAUGGCAGGUCAGCUUCGGUCGGAAGUUUGAGCCAGAGGUCAGGUGCGGAAGAUUACUUUGGUCGUUCAGAGUCCGAUUUCUCUGAUAUGGGCAAGGUCAUUUCUGCCAACGAGGCUGUCUUCACCCAGAAAAUAAAGGAGCACAUUGGCAGUCUGGAGCAAGCCAGAGAUCAGCUUAACCAAGUGUACAAGCAGAGGUUUGAUGCCAUGGUCGACGAGAGGGAAAGACGUGAGGAGCAGCUCGAAUCUCAGCAUGACACUGAACUAGAAGCUGCUCGCAACAAGCUGAGGGCAAGCUACUCUCAACCCCUCUACAACACGGACAUCAAGACUUCGGCCUCUACGCCCUCUGACGGACACGUGGACGAGUUCCAGAUACAAGACAAGCGACUGGUCUUGGAAUGUUCAGAGCGACUCGCAAACAGGAAAUCGCAGGUUCAACACCAUCACAACCUGCAGUUCCAAGCCCUGAGCGAAGAGUACGACAAGAAGAUCUCCGAGCUACUAGGCGAAAAAGACAUGCUAGACUCUGACCUCAGUAUCGGGCCUGAACGCUUCGAGGAGAUGUCCGAGCAGAUUGACCGCUUGCACAGCGCAGCCAAUAGCCCGGCUUCCAUACGCCACAGACCUCUGCGCUCAGUGACUUCGAUCGAUCAAUUCCAAGGCAACCAGCACCUCUAUCGCAACAUCGAAACCUACCACCCUACGCGAGCAGAAUCACCUGGUUCCUUGUCGCGCCCCGGAUCCGCCGACCCUAGUCAUGGUUCACUUCGUCGCAAAACCAGUCAUGGUCGCUUGUCGCAAUUCAUCGGUAGAAUGUCCUCGCCAUUCUCUUCUUCUCGCAGCUCCCGCUCCUCCGCCUCUGGUGCCACUCGUCCUCACACAACCGGCCACCGUGUAGUCUCCACACCACCACCCUCAUCCCGCCCUGAAUAUUUUAAGCAUUCCAUCAGUGAAGGAUCGAGCACGUUGGGCAGGAACAGUGUACGGCCCAUGACUGCCGAAGCUCGCUUACGCGACCACGCAGAUAUGGAUUUCUCCAUUGGACCUGAAAGGUUUGAAGCGCUACAGGAAGGCAAAGAGUUGAAGAGUGAAGAGUUUAGCAGGAGAGGUAGUGCUGUCACGGGUAUUGAGCAAGCGACGCAGCAACAGCACAAGAGUCCGAAGAUUUUGAGACAUAUCUCGGGGUCGAUCAGGAAGAAGAUGGCUUCGUAG